GCCGCCGGCGGGCGGGUCGAGUGCGUUGGCGCGUCGUUCGGGGCCGCGCCCUCGCCGGACGGCGGCGCGUGCGUUUGCCGGAGCGCCGGGCCCGAGGAGAGCCUCCUCGUCCGGCAGGUGCUGGUCCUCCUCGUCAUCGCCGGCAUCUUCGCGACGAUCUGGAAGAUCCUCGCGUCCCGGGGUCGACGGGCUCAGGUGCUAGCGUGCGCCUUCGUGGCGUCCCUCGUUCUGACGCAGCUGGGGAUGAAGCAGCUCAGCGCCCCGCCCUUCCUGUUCCGCUUCCCCGCCUGCGUCACGGUGCUGCACUUCCUCACGGUGUGGGCGGUCUGCGGCUGCUACUGGACUGCGAUGGGGACGCCCGAGAAGUGUCUGCCCCGCUCCAUGGGGUCUCUACGCAGGUACUUGACCGCGAUCAUCCCCAUAGCCUGCAGCUUACCGCUCUCCGUCAUAUUCAACAAUCAGGCCAUGAUCUACGUCGGGGCCGGCGUCAACGCCGUGAUCGGCACCCUGGCGCCCGUCGCCACGGCCCUGCUCUCGCGCCUCCUCGGCCGGCGCUUCGCGCGCGCCUCCUGGGUGGGCGUGGCCGUGGCCUGCGCCGGGGCCCUGGUCAUCACCUCGGGCGAGGUGCGGCAGGUGUCUGCGCACCAGGCCUCACCCGACAGCGGCGGCCCCGCGCAGGACCCGGCCCUCAUGGGCUACGGCUUCCUUCUGAGCUUCACCUCGGUGUUUUGCCGCUCCAUCAAGGCAGUGCUGCAGGACCGGCUGCUCAAGCCGCGAUCGUACGGCGGUGAACAGGUGGCCUCGCAGGAGCAGGCCGACGCCGACGAGAAGGGCCCCGCAGCCCUGGAGCCGAUGCACGUCUGGGUGCUGCAGGCGCCCCCGUGCGCCCUGGUCGCGGCGCUCUGCGCGCUGGGCUCCGCGGAGCGCCCGGGGCAGGCCCUGCGGCAGCUGACGCCGGGCGUCGCGGGCAUGAUCGCGUGCACGUGCGCCAGCUCGGUGCUGCUGAACUUGUCUGGCAUGAUGACGGUCCGAGAGCUGGGGGCGAGCUCGACCCAGAUCGUGGGGAAGCUCAACAUCGUCAUCACCGUUGCCCUGGCGGUGGCGUUCCUGGGCGAGAGCCUGCCGGCCGAGGUGCUGGCCGGAUCCUGCGUCGUCCUCGUCGGCGUCGGCAUCUUCGAGCGCGGGGAGGCCAGCCUGGAGGCACUGGAGCAGAGGGUGCGGACGACCCUGCCGGCGUCGAGGAAGGCGCUCUCGGCCUGA